GUUACAAACAGUGGCCAAUCGCGUGUGAGGCAGAGCUUUGUGGUCCGGAUUCUUCCUCCAUAGCCACACGUGAUGCGCUAGAUCUGACUGCAGGCGGAGUGUUUCUUCAGUGGUCGGGGACUAUGGAGCUGAAGAUACGGUUAUGUGUGGUGCUGCUCUCUCUGGGUCUAGCCCUCACGGGUUACGUAAGGGCAAAGGAAAAGCCUGAUGACAUGGAGAUGGAUGUUGAGAAUGCUGUAGAUGAUGUGCAGGAAGAUGAUGAGGAACAGAAGCCCCCUCCAUCCCUGUCAGCACCCACCGUGACAUACAAAGCUCCAGAGCCAAUGGGCGAGCACUACUUUGCGCAGUCUUUUGAUAAAGGAACACUUCAGGGAUGGGUUUUAUCCCAGGCCAAGAAGGAUGGUAUUGAUGAGGAAAUUGCAAAGUAUGAUGGUAAUUGGGAAGUUGAAGAGAUGCAGGACACCAAACUACCGGGUGAUAAAGGUCUGGUUUUAAAGUCUAGAGCCAAACAUCACGCCAUUUCUGGUCUUCUGCUGAGACCCUUCGUCUUUGAAACCAAAUCUCUCAUAGUCCAGUAUGAGGUGAACUUUCAGACAGGCAUUGACUGUGGUGGUGCUUAUGUUAAACUGCUGUCUCAAACAGAUGACCUCAACCUGGAGCAGUUUGUGGAUAAGACUCCAUACACCAUCAUGUUUGGGCCUGAUAAGUGUGGUGAGGAUUACAAACUACACUUCAUCUUUAGACACAAGAACCCCAAAACAGGCGAGCUUGAGGAGAAACAUGCCAAGAAGCCUGAUGCAGACCUGCGCACAUACUACACCGACAAGAAGACUCACCUCUACACACUGGUGCUCAACCCUGACAAUACCUUCGAGAUUAUGAUUGAUCAGGCUGUGGUAAACAGCGGUAAUCUGUUAAAUGACAUGACUCCCCCCGUAAACCCCCCUGCUGAGAUUGAGGAUCCCGAUGACCACAAGCCAGAGGACUGGGACGAAAGACCCAAGAUCCAGGACCCAGAUGCUGUCAAACCUGAGGACUGGGAUGAAGAUGCUCCUGCUAAAAUCCCUGAUGAAGAUGCUGUUAAGCCUGAUGGCUGGCUGGAUGACGAACCUGAAUACAUUGGUGACCCUGACGCCAUCAAACCAGAAGACUGGGAUGAAGAUAUGGAUGGUGAGUGGGAGGCUCCCCAGAUUCCAAACCCUGCCUGUGAGUCCGCCAGUGGUUGUGGCACAUGGCAGAGACCAAUGAUUGACAACCCCAACUACAAGGGCAAGUGGAAGCCACCCAUGAUUGAUAACCCCAACUAUCAGGGAGUGUGGAAGCCCAGGAAGAUUCCUAACCCAGACUUCUUUGAGGACCUGCACCCAUUCCGUAUGACUUCAUUCAGUGCAGUGGGUCUGGAGCUCUGGUCCAUGUCCUCGGAUAUCUUCUUUGACAACUUCUUUAUCACCUCUGACCGCAGUGUGGCUGAUCGGUGGGCUGCCGAUGGCUGGAGUUUGAAGAAAGCAGCUGAGGGAGCUGCUGAGCCUGGUUUGGUAAGUCAGAUGAUAUCAGCUGCUGAAGAGAGACCUUGGCUCUGGAUUGUCUAUGUUCUGACCGUGGCUCUGCCUCUGGUGCUCUUCAUUGUCUUCUGUUGCACUGGAAAGAAGAGCUCGGCAUCCGCAGCCGCUGAGUACAAGAAGACAGAUACUGCUCAGCCAGACAUAAAGGAUGAUGCUGAGGAGGAAGAGAAACCUGAGGAAGAGGAGGCCAAGGAUGAAGAACAAGAAGAGAAGAAGAGUGAUGAAGAUUCUACAGGAGAAGAGUCUGCAGAGAACCGACAAAAAGAGCAGCAUAAAUCUAAUGAGAAAUCAGAAGAUGACAUUCUGAGAAGGUCUCCCAGAAACCGAAAACCGAGAAAGGACUGAUAGACUUCCUGAAUCUCCUCAACCGUAUCCCAACUCCCCUCUCCUCCCUUUCCUGUUCUUCAUCACUGAAUGUGGUAGCAGUCAGAGAGAAACGAUGCAGUCCACCGUGCAACCAACAGCGAAAUGGACUCCUCAAUCAAGCUUGAGGAUGUUGAUGGCUGCCACCGUGGUGAUGAUAAUGAUUGAAUAGCCUAGAAACUUUUUCCAUGUCUCCAAAAGAAACUACUUUUUACCAUUCCCAGACUGUGAAUUUGACAUUAGUGUAAAGAUCUCAUAACCUUAUUUCAGCUGUACACACUUCCAGACAGUGUUCCUACGCCCUCACAUACAACAACACUGUUGCACACUAUGUUUUGUAUGGAUUACUGGCUUUUUCUGCAUUUUAGGCAAGAUGGUGUAGAUGCACAAAAGAAGCCAUAGAAGGUCAACUAUUGAUUUGAAUAAUUGAUUUGAUAUUCAUUAUAAAUUCAAAAGCUGGUAACUUAACAAAACAUGAAUCUUGUGGAGGAAUAUAUGGUGUCAUGGCAUAAACUGGGCAUAUGGCCCGACCUUAUACCCAGACACGCUCAGUAAGUAAUCCAGGGAGAAUGCCAGAUAGAUCUGUUGUGCACUGCCUUAUUUGAAGGAUAGAAGAUUUGCUAAUGUGUUUUCUGUGAAUGUACUGUGAGUUGUCUUUAUUGUUUUUUUGUUUUCUUGUUUUUUGUAAUUUGAAUGGGCUUGCUGAAUCGUGAAUUGCUGUAAUGUUUGUUUUUUGGUCUUAAACUGGUCCAAUAACAUAGACAUAAUGGGACUAAAACAUGUCAGAUCUUUUGUUUUUCAAGAUUUACCAGUGUAUGGGAGAAAGUUUGGAAGGACGCAAGGCCCAAGAUUUUAUUUACUGCCCAUUGUGACCUGAUAUUUUGAUGAGGUUCAAUACAUUUUCAUUGGUGCAUAAUAUAGUGGGGUUGCCUGAUAACUGGAGAAUAAUUCUGCUUUCUUUGACGUUUCUGCUUUUUCUGUGAUUUUGUAUCUAAUCUGGGCUAUGUUUGUAGCAGUAGCAGUUUCCUGUUUAUAGAACUAAUUACAUUCACACUAUGUGAGAGAGGACUAAGUGACAGUUCCAAUAUAUCAGCGUUAAUGACUAUAUAGCUUGGUCCCAUUUUAUGGCAAAAAAAUAAAUUAUAUUUUAGGACCACAAUGAUUUGUUUGAAUUUUGACAAUUUUUCCCCAGUUAUUCUGUGUGUUGAAUUCGAUUAGACUUAUCAUAAUUUAGCCAUUUAUUUACUGUAUCAUCAUGAUAUAUACAUACUCUAACCUUAUGCCAAAAAGACAUUUCAGACAUAAUGAAAAAUGUCUUAAUACAAAACAUCUUAAUGGUCCUGUAAUAGACUUAUUUUUGCACAAUAUAAUUUAUUUUGCUUUUGGGGUGAAAUAUGUCAUGGAUGUGUUCUUGACAAGUUCAAAUAGUACUGAAGAUUCUAUGAGAAAACAUGGAAAACAAGAUUUUAAAUAAUAUAAAUAAUUUCCUCAACCAUUUUACACUGACUCUGCCCCAAAAUGCUUAACCCUGAAGAAAAAGAAAGGCACUCUUAAGAGUCUUACCCUGAUCUCAAGAUAAUUAACAUAUCUAUGCUGUAUUGCUAGUUCUCCUAAAGUUAGCCUACAUAUUUUUUUACCCAAAAUGGCAAAUAAGCCUCAUCUACUUGUAUUCCAUCAAGCGAGGGACAAUGCCAUAACAUGAGCUCUGCCCUAAGACUGAUUAAAAGUUGACACUUUCAAAUGUAAUUAAGAAAAAAUCAAAACUAUAUCGGAUCAUACAGACCGAUAUCUGCUGUACAAAUACUUACUCUACUUUCCCUAAUCUCCAAACAUACAUGUAAUUUCUGUACAUCUGUUUUGAGCAGUUUUACUUAUUCUUCUCUGUUUUUCUUUGUUUCUUUUGAUCUCUUUUGCUAACUUUUGUUUCACAUAUGUAGGCGAUUAAUACCAUGAACUGAUAUAAAAAUGGAAAAAGAAAUGGAUUUGUGUCAUUGGGGACAUUGAGAUUAUUGGUCUGAGUGAUGAGUUUGCCUUUAAGAGGAAAGUUUUCAAAUAAAGCCAUUUUACUUUCAAACUAAAAUAAACUGAUUUAAUGAA